AUGACGACUGCAUUGUACUUAGAACAUUACUUGGACAGUUUAGAGCAUUUGCCGAUAGAAUUGCAGAGAAAUUUUGGGCUGAUGCGUGACUUAGACACUCGAGCGCAAGGGCUCAUGAAAGACAUUGAUAAACUUGCUGAUGAUUAUUUGAAAAAUAUUAAAAAAGACUCCAGUGAGAAAAAUGAAGGCCAGUUACUUCAUAUUCAAAAUUUAUUUAGCAAAGCUAAAGAGUACGGCGAUGACAAAGUUCAAUUAGCGAUACAGACUUAUGAAUUAGUUGAUAAGCACAUUCGUAGACUAGACUCCGAUUUGGCGAGAUUCGAAGCUGAGAUCCAGGACAAGGCGCUAAAUAACAACCGAGUAGCUGAGGAGAGCGGUGCGAGUAAAAAAGGCAGGAAGAAAUCGUUGAAGGAAAAAGAAAAACGUAAGAAAGGAACUGCUGGUGCCAGCAGCGAGGACGAGUCCAAGAGUAUUAGGAAGAAGCAGAAGAAAGGUGGCUCUGUGUCUUCGGCUACAACAGGUGCUGUAGGAAGCGGCGCGCAGACUGAUGCCUCACUUGGGCAUCCAGCUGACGUUCUAGACAUGCCUGUUGAUCCCAAUGAACCUACUUACUGUCUUUGUCAUCAAUGUCCAAUCGAAUGGUUCCAUUUUUCAUGUGUUGGAUUGACCACUAAGCCCAAGGGUAAGUGGUACUGUCCGAAGUGUACUCAAGACCGUAAGAAAAAAUAA